AUGGCUCCAGCACCAGAGCAGGCUCGGGCUGCGGAGGUGACCUUCGCGACCUUCGCGAGGGGCCGCGCUGAGGAGAGCCGCUUUUCGUGCCUUGUAAUGGGAAAGAAAAUCCUGGCGAGGCCUUUGAUCAGCAAAGCAAGAGCAAGGAGCAAACGGGCAGCUUUGUGCACAAAACUGCCAAGUCAGUGCUGGCUUUCUCUGCUCCGAGAACAGCGUUACCACCUCGCUCACAUUGAUCAAACAACAACAUGGCAAGAUCCUAGGAAGGCCAUGCUUUCCCAGAUGAAUGUUACAGCUCCCACCAGUCCUUCUGUGCAGCAGAACAUCAUGAACUCAGCAUCAGGCCCACUCCCCGAUGGAUGGGAACAAGCUAUGACCCAGGAUGGAGAAAUUUACUACAUAAACCAUAAGAACAAGACCACAUCUUGGCUAGACCCAAGGCUUGACCCACGCUUUGCCAUGAAUCAGCGAAUCAGCCAAAGCGCUCCAGUGAAACAGCCACCCCCUCUGGCUCCUCAGAGUCCCCAAGGUGGUGUGAUGGGUGGGAGCAGCUCCAACCAGCAGCAACAGAUGAGACUUCAGCAGCUACAGAUGGAGAAGGAAAGGCUGAGACUGAAGCAUCAAGAACUGCUUCGGCAGGCAUUGCGGAAUAUCAAUCCCAGCACAGCAAAUUCUCCAAAACAUCAGGAAUUGGCUCUCCGUAGCCAGCUUCCAACCAUGGAACAAGACGGUGGAUCCCAAAAUCCCGUGUCAUCUCCUGGAAUGUCUCAGGAACUGAGAACAAUGACUACAAAUAGUUCUGAUCCCUUUCUCAACAG